AUGAAAUAUUUCAACAUGGCGGCCGACGAUAAAGGAGCCGAUCCUGAGAUAGGCGGACAGUUACGCCGAUUAGAAGUGGUAGGUAUUGAUUCUAAGAAAAAUAAAGCUCGGAAAUACUUGUGAUCACAUAUAUGUAAAAUCGUAGUAAGCUGGUGAGUUGGUCCUGUUUUAGAUGCCCCUAGACAGUGGAGAGGAUGAAACAUGUGUCACAUUUGUUUUGCACGGAGAAGACCAUACGCUGGGGAAUUCUUUGAGAUACAUCAUCGCGAAAAAGUAGGGCGACUUUUAAUGUUAUUUAAGCUUGUUACGAGAGGGAAAAAAAUUAUGGUGACGCUCUCUGAUGGGAUAAAAUUAUUGGACGGUGCAGUUUGUGCCUUUUUCGAGUCGCUUUUAAGGCUUCUUGCGAACGCCUUGCAGGAGUGAGGGAGGUGGGGAGAUAGUGAUCGUUAAGCGUCCAGCUUAAGGUUGGUUUGGUACAAAACCAGUUAUUGUCGCCACUCAGAAGUCUUGUCUCAGAAGUUGCGUUUGUUUUUCAUUUUUUUUCGUUUUCUUAAAAGUUUCACUACGGUUCUCUCAUCUGCUUAUACUUAUACUUUACAAUUAUUACUGAAGAAUUAAAUAAAAAAAUUUUUUGAAGAUUGAUGUUUCGCUUUUUCCUUUAUGUAAAGCCCUGAUGUAGUGUUUUGUGGGUACAGCAUUCCACAUCCAUCAGAGAACAGGAUCAAUCUCCGAAUCCAAACAAAUGGUAACUGUAACGAUAAGUUUGGGUUAAAAAGUCUAUUUAUUACUUCAACAUAAACCGAGCAGUUACAUGUUCAAAAGACCAAAGAAACAACUGACUACAUCCUGAAUGUGCCUCUCGUUACAUAAUCAUUAGUGGUGCGCUCAUUGUGAUAAGGUCAAUUGCAUGUGCCUACAUGCGCCACUUCUUUAUAGCCAGGUAAUUAUGCUGGCAUAUUUCUAACAGUAUUUUGUCACAGUUACUGGGUGUUGUAAAGACAAAAGUAGAAAAUAGACCUUUUUUUACAUGUUACUGCAUUUAGAACCUCUGUAUUUUUUGAGAUAGUUAACCCAAUUUAAACAAAAUUUACAAAGUGUAACGUAGGAUAUGAUCAUGGCAGAGUGUGAAUCUAAAUUUUAUCUUUGAGAAUCCCAAGCAGGAAUCCUGACGACAAAUCCAGUUGUGUACUGGUAGACAGGGGUAUUUGAAUCUUUGACCUCCAGCCUUCACAUUGAGUCCUAAACCACACUGUCACAAUGUCAUUACAUUAGUAAGAUGAUCAGCCUCAUUAUUCCUGAUCUGUCAUUACCACAUUUGCUAUGGUUUUAGGUAUUCCUGCUGUAGAUGUUUUGAGAAGAGGUCUAUCAGAACUCACUGCAAUGUGUGAACACAUGCUUGCUACAUUUGAGGUAAGGUUAUCAGUGCGUUAACUUGAUCAUUUACCAUGUGUUGUGUGUUAAAGUUGUAAGGCAAGCCUUUUCCAAGGCUCCCUUAAUACUGGGGCUUGUUCAACUCUCAUUAGUGAAAGCAACUCUACAUUAAGUUUUUUGAAACAUUGAUAGUACUUAUUCUUACCAAGUAAAAAAUAAGAAGUCUCCAAGGUGGAGAAAAGCACUGUGAAAGUAGAGUUAUACCCAAGAACACAACACAGUAACCCUUUCACUCCCAGAAGUGAUCAGCAUAAAACUUUUCCCUACAAUAUCCAUACAUUCUUCAGCAAACAGGUAAUGGGAUUAUUCAAACUUAUCAGUUAGAAUCUGCUUUCAUGAUCUAGCACCAAGUUCUCAUAACUAAUUUACAAGGAAAUGUCUGGCAGGUACAGGGGAGAAUUAACAAUCAGAUCUUGGGAGUUAAAGGGUUAACUUGCAUCUACACUAUGUUGUACACCUGUUAACUACCAUGGGUGACCAAUACCAAAUUUCUCCUGUCAAUGUUAAGCAGACAAGUGAUCAGAAUUUAAAAAAAAAAAAACAUCAAAUAGGGGAUAAUUAGUUGAUCCAAAAGCACAUUCUCCAAACUAACAUCAUAAGAAUUGUAUGGUAGACAGUAAGGAGAAUUACUAAUGAGAUUUAAAGAGUGAAAGGGUUCAUUUGAUUUAUUUGUGUACAGACUGCAGUUGAAGAACACAAGGAUGCUCAAAAUUUAGAAGUGUCACCAUAGGAUUGGAUGUUUUUUGCCGUUGGAAAGAAAAAACAGAAAGUUUGAAAUCAUCUGAUAAGAACCAGGUUCAAGAAGAAAAUCAAGGUUGGAUGUGCUGUAUUUGGACAACGAGAGAUGUUCAAGCUAGUUUAUUACUGGCUCAGCCUUGAAGUGAAAGCUGAGGCAUAAACAAGACUUGCCAAGCACUUAGGUUGCUCCGGUCAUUUUCUUUGUUAUCAAUAUAUUUCAACAAAAACUGAUUUGUUAAUGGCUUAAGGCAAUUCUUCAGAGAUAAAGUUUGUCAAACACUUUUUGUUAAUCUUUUGAUUGAAGCCUAUCAAUCUGUCUCUAGAGAACUGCAAUAAAAAAGUCAAUGUAUUCAGGAAGGAGAUAUGAUGGGCCAAUCUUACCCAUUUAUGCCUGUACUGGUAUUAUUUACCCAUGAUUUCACAGAACAUUUUGUGGUAGCUGGAAGCAUAGGUUUUUGAAGUAACACCUGAAACAAUGCUUGAUCGGUAGAAAGUCUUGAGUGUAUGGAACAAAGUAAUAAAUGAUUUAGGUAUUAAUUUGCUUUCUUGAGAAACAUGUUACUCGCAUACUUUUACUUUUGACCAUACCCAUAUUUCUUCAGGUUAUUUUUUUUUUUUAACUUUUGUUAUCUAAAAGGAUAAUCUGCACACUCAAAUUAUGAAAAAAAAAAGGUAAUUGUGCUUGUUCAAGAGCAAAAGACCAUCUCUUGUACAAAAAGACAGUUCUGGAAAAAUUGAAAUUUUGCGCUGGGAAAUAUUUGCCUGCAGCCGGCUAGAAUUGAUACCUUCGCACAUGCCCGACCUUUGGCUGCCGCGUUUCUCUAAGGAAGAGCAGGGACGAGGGAGAGGGAGGAGAAGUUUGUUUUAUUGAAAACGAGGCUAAUAUCCUUUCCACUGAAAGCGAUCUGAGAACUGCUCGGUCUGUGGAGUGGGCAGUUAUGGGGCGAGUGAAGAAUCUAAUUUUGGUUUUUCUGGCUAUUAUUGUGACAGCAGUGCUUCUAAGGAGACUGCUAGGAGUAUAUGCCUUCAUAGUUCCCCUUCUUUAUAUGUUUUUUGACGUGAAUUGGAGUCUACGCGUAACGUGGAUUGUUUUGAGAAGGAUUAUUUUUAGUAGAGCUUCGACCCCUGAUUUCUUGGAAGUAUUUGAGACGACUUUCAUCGUCCUUCCGUCGGAUAUUGAUCUGAAUCUUCACAUGAACAAUGCUAGGUGAGAUAUGUAACCAUGAUGAAUGAACAGUUUUCAGGGGAAUAUUUGGAAGUGUGUUUCAAAAAAGAAACAUCAUGUCUUCGAUCAUGAAUAAAUAAUAUGUCAUUGUAUUUAUUCAAAAACCCAUAUUUUCUUGAAACAGGAACUUGAUUCAAACUAAUUUUUUUAGUUCUCUGACGGGGAAGCAGCACGCUUUAUCUUAAAUUAACGAUUUUAGUAUUUUUUGAGGUUCUGCGCUCUUUAUAAUUACAUUAAGGUCUCAUUCCUUUUCUCGCAUAUCUUUUCGAAACCAGUUACCAUUUUUUUCUUCUUCUGGAACACUGACGAUCCUUUCGCUUUUUAUUCAUGUUAGCUGUCUUUUCUUUCACUUUCUUUGUGUGUUAAAAAAAUAUGACUUUCUAGGUACAUGUAUUCCUAUCGUUUGUAUUGCACUGAUGUCCUUGACACAACCUAACUUUCUCUUACUUUAAUAAAUUAUCAGGAGUGUUCGACAAAUUCUCAAAAUGGCAGCACUGGAAAUGAAAUUUAUGUGACUGAAAAUUUUAAGAAUUAGUGAGAAUGCUGGCUGGGAUGUUAUUUCUUGUAAAAAAUUUGUUGGUGAUUUUCUAAAAUACUGCCUGUAGCUUGCAAAAUUGUACUUUGUCUUUCAACAUGAAAAUGAAAUGACAAGGGAUGUUGAAGUAACAUGGUAGUACAGAAGCAGGAAAGAUUUCAUGUAAAUGCUCUUCUGUGUUCUGCAUUAAGUUUUUUUUCAAGUGAAAGCUGUAAGAGAAAUCAUUUACUUUUAAACACAGAAUUAUGGGGACUAAGGGUACUUCUGCUGCUAGGGUGGUCAUACGCCAGCAUUUUAUUGGCAUUUGGGAACAGUUAGGAUUUUGUUCUUAAAUUGUGAAUGACCUCUAUUUUUGACAAAUAUAGGCUAGCCUAUGACCUUCCUCCAACAUAAUUUCCUUGCAGUGUAAGGUAAUCAAAAGAGAGUAACAGGAACAUGAUUACCAGCAAAGUGUCGUAAAGAAUUGUUACCAACUCUUGAUUAGCUAUGGUGUAAAAUUUAGCUCUUGCUUGAAAAAAUUAAUGCCUUUGUCUACUUCAGGUAUCUCCGUGAAUGUGACUUUGGAAGAAUUAAUUUGUGGAUUUCAAGUGGAAUGAUGCGUGUAAUGAGAAAGAGUAGGUGUGGUGUGACAAUUGCUACUGCUAGUGUGCGUUAUCGGCGAUCGCUUGAACUUUUUCAAAAAGUAUUUCUGAAAACAAGAGUCAUAGCAUGGGAUGAGAGUGCUUUCUAUUUAGAGCAGCAAUUCACAGGAGAGGAUGGCUUUGUUUAUGCAGUUGCACUAACAAAGAAUACAGUAGUUCAAGGAAAUAAGAGAGAAAAAUUUAUUUCACCUGAGGAACUAGUUCACCAACUGACUGGAUGGAAUGCACCUAGUCCACCCAUACCUCAUGACUUACAUCUUUGGAUUCAGUACAACAGUGCAUCAAGUGCUAUGUUGAAGAAUGCUUUGUGAACAUUGUACUGUUGAUCAGUGAUUUGGUAGCCUGGAGAACAAGUGUGAUUUUUUUUUGUGCUUUUCAGGAGAUUGGAGGUAAUUGUGAAGUGAACAUAAAAUGCAGGUUAUGCUCAAGGGGAAGAGCUUGAACAAUAGUAUGCAUACAUGUGUUAUUUUUUUGCUCUCCUUGCCUUUUGCCUGCCUCUGUGAACCUGAAAGAUGCAAAAAA